GAAGGCUUCUCCUCAAGGAGCGGUAACAGGUCUCCUGAACAGGAGUUGGGGAGAGUCAGCUGUGAUUUCCCCUCAAAGAUCAUCUGAGAAAGAAACCUGGAGGAAGAAGUGAGAGAAGAAAUGGCUGGUUCUCAGGGACUGCUGACCUUCGGGGAUGUGGCCAUAGAAUUCUGUGAGGAGGAGUGGGGAUGCCUGACCCGCAGCCAGCGGGAACUGUACAGGGAUGUGAUGUUAGAGAACUAUGGACACCUCCUCUUCUUGGGUCUUAUUGUGUCAAAGCCAGGCCUGGUCAUCUUUCUGGAACAAAAGAAGGACGUCUGGGAUGUGAGGAGAAAGGAGACAGCAGCCUCAUGUCCAGAUUAUACGGAGUUUCUGUGACUUUGGCAUAAAUUUUCACUUUCACAUUUC